AUGGGAACUCUCGGACUCCUGCUAAUAUGUCUUUUCCUGCUGACCUGGGAGGCUGACCCAAUUCAGGGUGCAGGGGCCAGAUCAGUCACACUCCCAGAGUCCCUUCUGUUCAUCUCCACCUUGGAUGGCAGCCUGCAUGCCGUCUCCAAACAGACAGGAGACAUCAAGUGGACCCUAAGAGAAGACCCCAUUAUUCAAGUUCCUGUUUACCUCACAGAGCCCGAUUUCCUCCCAGAUCCAAAUGACGGCAGUUUAUAUGUACUCGGUGGAAAGCACAAGGAGGGUCUGAUGAAACUGCCAUUCACCAUCCCAGAGCUGGUUCAGUCAGCUCCCUGCAGAAGCUCUGAUGGCAUACUGUACACAGGGAAAAAGCAGGAUGUGUGGUUUGUGGUGGAUCCUGAAACAGGCGAAAAACAAACAAGCCUAACCACCUCCUCCUCCGAAUCCAUCUGUCCCAACAGCCCUCUGCUCUACAUCGGACGCACAGAGUAUGUGAUUACCAUGUUUGACACGAAGACGCAGGAACUGAGAUGGAAUGCAACGUACAACGAUUACUCUGCCCCUCCUUAUGACGAGAAGCUAGACUACAAGAUGGCCCAUCUGGUGUCAAGCGGUGACGGACUUGUUGUGACUGUGGACAGAGAGUCAGGGGAUGUCCUGUGGAGUCAGAACUACGGCUCCCCGGUCAUCGGGGUGUACCUGUACUCUGGGGACUCUCUGAGACACGCGCCUCACCUGUCCCUUGCCAUAGAAACGCUCCGGUUCCUCACCUUCUCCGCCAAGGAUCAGGCAGAAGCACACUCUUCCUUGAAGUGGAGCUAUCAGUUUGUGAAAGAGCAAGCCACUGCGCAGGCUCAGCUUGUACCCACUCUCUAUGUCGGAAAGCUGGACUCUCACUUCUAUGCCUCCACUUCUCUCGUCCACCAUGGUGUCUCAUUAUUGCCGCGAGGAUUGAUCCUGGCACGGAUCGAGGGUCCAGUGACGUCUGGAGUGACGGUUAGCGGGAGAGGGGAGUGUGAAAUCACACCGUCUACUGAUGUGCGUUAUCCACCAGGAAGCACAGCCAGCAAGAAAAACCACUGGCUGCUCAUAGGGCACCAUGAGCUCCCUCCUGUAGCCCACACCACCAUCCUGAGGGAUUUUCCCGUCUCUCUGCAGCACUCCACUGAGAAAGUUAUCCCACCUCGAUCUACGGCUUCCUCUGACUCCUACUACCAUCAGCACUACUUCCAGAAAGUGUCUGGAAUCCACGGCAACCCGGAGUCUAACAAAGAAGGAGCUGACGGCAGGAAAACGGUACAGACUCCAAGGCCAGCCGCUGCGCUACCCAUCAGCCUGACGCAGGACCACCUGACCCUGGCUGUCCUCACUCUGCUGCUUGGAGGAUGGCUCGUCUUUGUGCUCACGUGUCUCCUCCGUCCCACCCAGCAGCUGACAGUUCAGAGGCAGCGAGAAGAAGCGUUUGAGACUCACCCCCAGGUCAUACACAACAAUAAUCAGACCAACGCCUCCGUUUCUGAAGACGUGACCCAGUCUACUGACACAAAUGUCACAAAGGACUCUCCACCUUCAUCCACCGACUCUCCACCCAGCCUCAACAGUCACAGCAGCAACAUCCCCGACUCAGAGGAAGUUAGUGCUGCUGCUCAUAAAACCACAGAAGAAGGGUUCAGUGAGGAAGUGCAGGUGGGAAAAGUUUCCUUUUUCCCCUCGGAGGUGCUUGGACAUGGAUCUGCAGGAACAUUUGUGUUUAAGGGUAAAUUUGAUGGACGGCAUGUGGCGGUGAAGCGAAUCCUGCCAGAGUGUUUUGAGGUGGCAGAGCGGGAGGUGCAGCUCCUCCGGGAGUCCGACACGCAUCCAAAUGUCAUCCGAUAUUUCUGCACAGAGAGGGACCGCCUUUUCACUUACAUCGCCAUCGAACUAUGCACUGCAACGCUGCAACAGUAUGUGGAAGAUCCCGCUUCUUUCUCGAAUCUGAGUCCAAUAACUGUGCUGGAGCAGACCAUGUGUGGCCUCUCCCACCUCCAUUCACUCAACAUAGUCCAUCGUGACCUGAAGCCGAGGAACAUUCUCCUCUCUGGGCCUGGAGCUCUGGGAAGAGUCCGAGCUCUCAUCUCAGACUUCGGACUCUGUAAAAAGAUCCCCGACGGACGAAGCAGCUUCUCUAUGCGGUCUGGAAUACCAGGAACUGAAGGGUGGAUAGCCCCCGAAGUGCUCCGAGACACACCAGGAAACAAACCGACGGCAGCAGUGGACGUGUUCUCGGCAGGCUGUGUCUUCUACUAUGUGGUCAGCAGAGGGCAGCACCCCUUUGGAGAUGCGUUAAGAAGACAAAUUAACAUCCUGUCUGGAGAAUAUUCCCUCUCACACUUUAAAGAGGAAUCAAAUGAUGACAUCAUAGCGCGGGAUCUGAUUGAGCAGAUGAUUGGUGCCAACGCAGAAACCCGGCCCUCCACCGAGUGUGUGCUCAAACACCCUUUCUUCUGGAGUCGGGAGAAACAGCUGCUCUUUUUCCAGGACGUGAGUGAUCGGAUAGAGAAGGAGCCAGCAGACAGCCCCAUUGUGGUCAGACUAGAGACGGCAGGACGAGUGGUGGUCCGGACGAACUGGAGAAUGCACAUCUCUGUCCCUCUGCAGACAGACUUGAGGCGGUUCAGGACAUAUAAAGGAAACUCCGUUAGAGAUCUGCUUCGAGCCAUGAGGAAUAAGAAGCAUCACUAUCAUGAGUUACCCCCAGAGGUGCAGGAGACUCUUGGCGAGCUUCCCGAGGGCUUCGUCAGCUACUUCACCUCACGGUUUCCACGGUUACUGAUGCACACACAUGCUGCUCUCCACAUCUGUGCUCAGGAGAGGCUGUUUCAUCCAUACUAUAAACCUCCCAAAGCCAAAUAG